UUAGCUCACAAGGCAUACACCUGGUUAUGAUAUUGUUAGACCAGGCGGUGGAAGGAUUGAAACGGGAGUGAAAGAUUUCCUACACAUUACGAUAUCUCAAUAGCGCUGAAAGGUAAGAUAUCUUUAUUAUAUUUAAAAAAAAAUAAUUGGUUAUGAACGUUGGAUUAAAAAGUAAGAUGUUUACAAACAUAUAAGUCUUACAUUUUCGAAAUAAUUAAGCAAGCCAUAUUUAGACGCCAAAACAGCACAAGCCUAAACAUAAUAUUAUUUACUUUACGCGGCUUGAAGGAAGACCCCACAAUACAGCACAUUACAAUUCUCUACCAGAUUUUUACACUUUAAAGAUGAAUAAAGGGGAAUUCAUUAUACUUGGUUUAAUGGUGUCUGCUAUUCUCUAAGUUAAACCUUUUCAAACAUUGCCUUCGCUAUCGAAGCAACGUUGGUUUCGCGGGGCUAUGUGGCACCGGGUUGGAGUUAAUGGACCAAGUGCUGGAGUUACUGGGCAAAGUGUUGGAAUUACUGGGCCAAGAGCUGGAGUUAAUGAGUGCAUAGCUGGACUUAUUUGGUUCGUAGCUGGAGAUAUUGGGUCCAUAGCUGGACUUAUUCGGUUCGUAGCUGGAGUUUUUGGGUCUAGUGCCGUGAUUAUUAGGCCCAUAGCUGAAGUUAUUGGGUCCAUAGCUGGACUUAUUCGGUUCGUAGCUGGAGUUUUUGGGUCUAGUGCCGUGAUUAUUAGGCCCAUAGCUGAAGUUAUUGGGUCCAGAACGAUACCUUUUUAUUAUAUGUGGCACAUCAACAUCACAUCAUCUUCUUGUUCACUGACUUUACCUAUAAAUGUGACCGUGCCAUUACCUGCAACAGUGCCAUUACCUGUAACUUUGAUACUGAGUUUACCUAUAAUUGUGACGAUAACUUCACGUAAAACCAUGAAUUUACCGAUACUUGUGAAUUUGCCAGUUACGGUCAUCAUGGCUGAGUGUUGCCGUGAGGGUGACUCUGACUUUGACUUCAAUUUUGAUUUUUUCAUUGUAAAUGUAUGUGAUGGAGCUUCAAAGAUUGGUAAGAAAUGUUUUAACUAUUUUAUAGAAGUGUGCCAUUUCCACAAAAUAUUGAAAACAGACGGUCAUGAAUUCAAACAUUAUUCUACUUUUACUACCAGUGCAUUUAUAGGAUUUAAACUUUGUGAUCCUGCAAUAUAGGACUUCAGCUUUGUGAUCUUGAUAUAUAGGACUUCAAUUUUGGGAUCCUGCUCUAUAGGAAUUCAACUUUGUGAUUUUGACAUAUAGGACUUCAAUUUUGUGAUGUUGCAUAUAGGAUUUCAACUUUGUGAUCCUGUGAUAGUGGAUGGCUCUUCCACCCAAACGAAGACUUCAAUGCAAAUAAAUAAAUAGUGAUUCAGCUAUCGACCAGCUGACGCCAAUGUUUGACAUACGAAUGGGAGCGAUGUUUGCUUUCUCCUUUGCUUAGAGUUCUACAUCCUUAUAAAAAGUUUAUUCUGCUCUAUACACGAUGACCUUCCACCUUUAUGAGGACGAAGCUACCCAGACUAAGCUUGCUAGUACAUGCACGAUUAGAAUACCGUGAUCUGGUCGAUGGCGCAAUGCAACGACCUACAUUAUUUUAUGUUUCAAUAUAGCAUUCAGCUCUGAGAUGAAUAACGUGGUUAGGUCAAUUUGAUUUUAUUUUCAAACGGUUGCCCGGGACAGGUCUCCAAUAGUUCCACGAGCGGCCUACGACCAGAUUCCUUUUAUCCCUGGUCUCACUCUCUCUCUGCACAUACGCUGGGGUUCAAAGUCUACCAGAUCUAUUUAAACUGCAUUGUGGGAUUGAUCACAUCAAGAUAUCGCAUAGACUUAAUUGGAAAUGCUCUUAGGAAGGUAUUAAGCUGGGGGCACCAGGAGAGGUCUAAGAUUAUACAGUUUACAUUGACAUCUGAAAGAGUAUACAGUGUACAUUGACAUCUCUAAGAUUAUACAGCGUAAUUUAAAAUAUCUCAUGCUAUAGGGUAUUAAUUGAGAUCUCUAAGAUUGUACAGUGUACAUUGAGAUCUCUAAAAUUGUACAGAAUACAUGUUUUAGUAGUCAGAGAAAUUUCAAAAAUGAUUGUUUUGAAUCAUAGACCCAGUAUAUCACUCUAAAUGUCGUUUGCGGUGAGCUAAUUUAAUCAUAGAAACGUUAUAUGCAAAUGUAGAAUUCAGAAUCAACUAUCUAUAGUUCUUGUGGGGAAGUUGGGCAUUUACAUCCUCUAACCUAACGCUUGCAUUAACCUCCAACAGCUAACAAAGAAUGACUUUUUUUAAUAUUAUGACCAGCAAAACCACUUUUAAACACCCACUAAUUUUUUCUUUUCUUAUAUUUGAAGAGCCCACGAUCAAUUUGUUGAUCAUUCUGGGUCCUGGUUUUAAAAUUCAGAGUUUUACUUCCAUUAGAUGGGUUGCCGUCCAAGGCUAACGAGUCCCAUCCACUCGGAGUGCUUGGGAUGUUGGCUUAGGUGGGGAUUGAACUCCAGACCACCAGCUAUUUGGUUUGAGACAGUUUAGACCGCUCGGCCAUCCAGCAUUUCAUACCAUAACUUGAUAAUUAUAAAUGACUUAGUAAAUAUUAUUUUCUAGAACUGUUUUAAAAUUUGGGACCUUGUAAAUGUGCACACAAAAAAACUUAAAUUCAAUAUUAUAAUUUUCGAUUCUACUUUCAGUAGACAACAUCACAGAAUACACUACCUUGCCAGUGACACAAGCAGAUCAAAUCAUCCGAUUCCAGUGCAGAUUUGAAGUCAUGGAUUCCCUAACGUCUCUCAAUCAACAUACAUCCUACUCUCGAACCCUGGAGCUUGAAAAAGAUUUACUACAUUGUUCCGUCUGCUUCGAAAAAUACGAUCUGCGCAUUAGAGCCCCUAAGACAUUGUCUUGCCUCCACACGUUCUGCCAGAGCUGUCUGCAAAACAUUGCUGAUGUCGACAGCUACCCCAAAUGUCCAUCUUGCCGAAGAGAAUUUCCCAAUGGAACCAGGGUUGAAGAUUUCCCUGUUGACCACAGAGUCGGCCAGAUCAUGGAGUAUUUGAGCCAAAAGUUCAAGGACGUUCAAAACGGGUGUCUUAAGCACGAAAAUGAACAUUUAAAUUUUUUCUGCAAGAAAUGUCGUACGGCAGUCUGCCGCGACUGCACCGUCCUUGAACAUAAAGGCGGCCAUGAAAUCGUCAGCAUAAGCACCGCGCUUUCUGAACACUCCAAGCAGUUCGAUGACACCGAAGAAGCGACCAAUCAAACGCUGGACGCCUUGGCGACGAAGACACGCAAAUACGAUGCCGAGCUUGAAACCAUGGCGGAAACUGAAGAGAACCUUCUUGAAGAAAUCCAAUCCAAAUUCAGGGACUACCGGGCCUACCUGGACGAACGGGAGAGCUCGCUCAUACGUGACAUGCGGAAACAUGUCGAGGAGCAAAAGGUUAUCUUAAAUGCGCACCGCGACUUCACGGCUACAAAAUCAACUCAGCUGAGAGAGGAUCUGGACAAGAGCCGAAAAUUUCGAGAGUCGUUGCUCGUGCGACAUGUGUUUGCGUCGUUCAAGGAUCUGAAGGACGUCGAAGAGUGUUUCGUGGAAGUCGCUAAACCGGACGGAGAUGAGAUUUUCAAGCGUUUCACGUUCAGAGCGGCCAACGAGGAGGACUUUCUUUGUAACAUAACAGAGCUUGGUGUCAUCAUCACCGAGGAAUAGGCAUCCUUUAAUGUAUUAGCAGAUGGAGUCUUGAAAAAAAUAUAGUGGAUUUAAGAUUGAGAGGAGAGAGAGAGAGAGGGAGGGUGAGAACGAGAGUGAAAGGGAGAGAGGGAGACAGAUGGAUAGAGAGAGAGAGAGAGGGGGGGGGAGACAGAAAGACAGAGAGAGAGACAGGGGGAGAGCGAUAGAUCAGAAACAUGAGUUUUGAUGAUGACAACAUUAGUUUAUUUUGUCUCCCAACCCAAAGAAAUUAAAUCAUUGUCAUUGAUCUGGUAACAGAUCAUGGUGUUCUCAAACAACACCUGGGAACAGAAACCGGUAUUCUCAAAUAACACCUAAGAACAUAAUACGGAGUUCUAAAAUAAAACCUAGGAAGAAAAAACCAAGUUCUCAAAAAAAAAAACGCAUAGGAAUAGAUGAUGGUGUUCUCAAAUAACAACUAGGAACAGAACAUGGCUAAUCAUCUCCUAUAAACGUGGCUAAUCACCUCCUAUGAACCUGGCAAAUCACAUCCUAUGGACCUGGCAAAUCACCUCCUAUGGACCUGGCAAAUCACCUCCUAUGGACCUGGCUAAUCACCUCCUAUGAACCUGGAUGAACGCCUCUGAUGAAAGUUGCUGACACCCUGACCCCCAUCGCCAAGACGAUGCGCUAACUUACCAUCAAAAUUGCAAAAUCGAGGAAAUACUUGUGACCAGUCGUCUUACAGCGGCAUCGCCCAAUUUCCGAUAUGGCCGGCCAGUUCUUGAUUGGGUCAAAAUUCGGGUUUUGGUCGUAAUAGUUAACAUAAGUCCCUUUUCUUAAAAGUGCCUUGAUUGGAUUUUCAGUUUUCAUUUUUAAAUUGUAUUAUCUUAAAAUGAACGUUUUUUUAACUAGAGUACUUUCGAAGUAGUACUCUUCAAUUCAUCUCGUUCAUUGACAUUUUCAUGAUUGUAUUUUGUUCAAAUUAACAUUCACGAGAGAGUCUUUAUAUUAUAAAUCAUAAAUCAUAUCUUUAUACCGUUCAUAAUAUUUUAACUUUGUUGAUUUCUAGUUACUUCUCUUCUGUUGUUUAUUGUCAUUGUUAAUACUUUGAAGCAACAUCUUAGAGUUAUUAUACUUCUCUUUAGCUCUUUCAUUUAUUUAUUUUAUUUCGUACAACUUAUUACGCUCUAGUUGUCUUACCUCUGGCUCUGACAAUCACUUGACCAAAGGUGAUAGAGAAAAGACUAUUUUGCUAAAGGUGUCAGAAAGCUGA